AUGGCCUCCUCCACGUCCUCCGAAUACCUCACGGUCCUCCUCGUCGGCAACGGCGGCCGCGAGCAUGCGCUGGCCUGGAAGCUUGCCCAGUCGCCUCGCGUCGCCCGCAUCCUCGCCGUCCCCGGUAAUGGCGGCACCGCUGCCUGCCCCAAAGUCGAGAACGUUGCGUCCAACGUGGCCACGGCUGAGGACUUCCCCAGCCUGGUCACCCUGGCCCAGCGCGAGGGCGUCAAGCUCGUUGUGCCGGGCCCCGAGGCCCCGCUCGUCGACGGCAUCGAGGCCUACUUCCGCGCCGUCGGCAUCCCCUGCUUCGGCCCCAGCAAGGAGGCCGCCAUCCUCGAGGCCAGCAAGACCUACUCCAAGGACUUCAUGCAGCGCUACAACAUCCCCACCGCCGCCUACCGCAACUUCUCCGACUACGCCGCCGCCUGCCAGUACAUCGAGGAGCUCGUGCCCGCCUCCCGCACCACUGCCGAGGCCAACCCGGCCGUCGUGAUCAAGGCCACCGGAAUUGCUGCCGGCAAGGGUGUCAUUCUGCCGUUCACGCGCGCUGAGGCCCUGGCCGCUCUCAAGAGCAUCAUGGUCGACCUUGACUUUGGCGCCGAGGCCGGUGCUGAGGUGGUCGUGGAGGAGUUCUUGGACGGCGACGAGCUCAGCAUCCUCACCUUCUGCGACGGCUACACCUUCAAGUCGCUGCCCGCCGCCCAGGACCACAAACGCAUCUUUGACGGCGACCUGGGACCCAACACCGGCGGUAUGGGCUGCUACGCGCCCACCAACCUGGCCACACCUGAGCUGCUGGCCCGCAUCGACCGCGAGGUCCUGGCCCCCACCCUCGAGGGCAUGCGCAAGGACUGGGCACCGUUCCGCGGCCUGCUGUUCACGGGCCUCAUGAUUGCCCCCGACGGCAGCCCGCGCACGCUCGAGUACAAUGUGCGCUUCGGCGACCCGGAGACACAGACCGUGCUGCCGCUCCUGUCGGCCGACACCGACCUGGCGGAGAUCAUGCUGGCCUGCACAAACGGCUGCCUCGACGCCGUCGACAUCAAGAUUGAGAACAAGUUCAGUGCUACCGUCGUCGUUGCUUCCGGCGGCUACCCGGGCUCGUACGCCAAGGGCACGCCCAUGCAGGUGCAGGAGCCGGCCGUCGGCUCGGGCAUCACCAUCUUCCACGCCGGCACCAAACGGGACGCCGCGUCUGGCGCCCUUCAGACGUCGGGCGGUCGCGUGAUUGCCGCCAACGCCACGGCCGAGACGCUCGAGGCUGCGGUCGCCAAGGCCUAUGCCGAGGGCGUCCCGCGCAUCCAGUUCGACAACAUGCACUUCCGCAAGGACAUUGCCCACCGCGCGUUCCGCAAGACCAACCCUGCUGCGGCUGCCGGUGUUGCGUCGCUGUCGUACGCCGAGGCCGGCGUCAGCAUCGAGGCUGGCAACGCACUCGUCGAGCGCAUCAAGAAGGCCGUUGCGUCGACGGCCAUUCCCGGCGCCGAUGCCGAAAUCGGCGGCUUUGGCGGUGAAGUCGACCUAUCCAAGGCCGGCCUGCCGGCUUCGGACCGCUUGCCCAUCCUGGUCGGCGCCAUUGACGGUGUCGGCACCAAGCUCAAGAUUGCGCUUGCCCUCAAGAAGCACGACACUGUCGGUAUCGAUCUGGUGGCCAUGAACGUCAACGACCUGGUCGUCCAGGGCGCCCGCCCGCUCAUGUUCCUCGACUACAUUGGCUGCAGCAAGCUGAUCGGCGAUGUCGCUGCUGCUUUUGUUGAGGGAGUCGCUGCUGGCUGCCGCGAUUCGGGCUGUGCUCUCGUGGGCGGUGAGACGGCCGAGAUGCCUGGCAUGUACCAGGACGAGGAGUACGAUGCGGCGGGUGCCGCCAUUGGCGUCAUGCAGGCCGACGAGCGCCUGCCGCGCCUGUCGGCCAUGGUUCCCGGUGACGUGCUGCUGGGUCUGGCGUCGAGCGGUGUGCACUCCAACGGCUUCUCGCUGGUGCGCCGGAUCGUUGACCGCGCCGGCGUGGCCUACACCGACAAGGCGCCGUGGGCGCCGGGUGCGACGGUUGGCGAGAGCCUGCUGACGCCGACGCGCAUCUACGUGCGGUCGGUGCUGAGCAUCGUGCCGCACGUCAAGGGCCUCGCCCACAUCACGGGCGGUGGUCUGACGGAGAACGUGCCGCGGAUGCUGCCGCCGCACCUGGCGGCAACCAUCGACGUCAAGACGUGGCCGGUGCCGCCCGUGUUUGAGUGGCUGCGCCAGCGGGGCAAUGUGGCGCCGGCGGAGAUGGGCCGGACAUUCAACAACGGUAUCGGCAUGGUGGUCGCCGUGGGUGCCGCCGAGGCCGCGCAGGUCGCUAAGAUGCUGGAGGCGGCGGGCGAGACCGUCUUCCAGAUCGGCCAGCUGGUCGAGCGGACCGGAGAGGGCUGUGUCCUCGAGAACCUGAACUCAUGGGCGUAA